GCGGCGGCGCGACGCGACGCCGAGCUCAUAGUUAGUCCACGGACCACACUUAUACAGCCAACAAGUCGCUCAUUUCUUUUUGUGAUACAACUUUACUUAGUUUUAAUACGUCAAAUUAACUCCAUCAAUCACUUCCAAUUCCUCACAAAGUAUGGAUGUCCAAGCUUUGAUAGAAUGUGUGCAAAAACAUGAAUAUCUCUACAACAUAUAUCAUAAGGAAUACAAAAAUAUUCCACUGAAAAAUGCCACCUGGGAACAAAUUGCAAACCUGUUAAAUGAAUCUAUUGAUGCGUGCAAAUUUAAAUGGAAAACAGUGAGAGACGGGUAUAUGAAGCACAAAAAGCAAUCACAAGGGUCAUUUAAAAAGGCAAAUGAAUACAUUUGGGGCUCAAACUUGGCGUUCUUAGACAAUUUCACUACGACACGCCCUCUAGUCCUACAAAAACGGAAUACCGAUAGCUCUCAAAGUAAUUCCCCGUACUACAUACUGUCGCAGUCGCCGCAACCCACACCACACCAAGAGGAAGAGAACCAUACCAACGAAAAUAAAUAUAAUUUAGCACAUUUCGAUUCAACAGACUACUUAUUCCUAAGUUAUGCCGAAACAUUCAAGACAUUUCCUCUUAGAAGGCAGUGUCUACUUAAAAUAGAACUAGCCAAAUUAUUCGCUAACGCAGAACUCGAACACCAAAAUACCAAUGAAAUGGAAGAUCCCAUGGUUAUCAAAACAGAAGUUACGCCAUUCUUUGAAGGCCCCAAUCAUAAUAAUAAUGACUUUGAACCAAUAGAUCAAAAGUUCUGAGGAUUGCCAACAAGUAAUGCUAGAAGACUGGUUUACAAAGUGGUUUCUGAAGAUAAAGUGCGUGUCAAUAUAAAAUAUUGCCAUGUGAGUGUAGAUGAAUUUGGAUCCCGUGGCACAACGCUGUUAGAGUGACAACGUACGGGAUUCAAAGCAGACAAUUUCUAAACUAGUAUACGUAUAUGAAGCGAUUAAAACUAGUGUUGACUAAUUUCACAAACGAAAUAAUACAUAAAUGUUUAUUAUCAGUUACACAACAGCCAUUUGUAUUGAGCAGCGCGCUUGGCCGUGACUCCAGACUGUCAAGGUUCUGCUCAUUGAAACUUUUGCUAAGAUUCAAGUUUUAUUAAACACGUGAUUUGUUUCAAUACAACAUUUACUAGUUAUUACUUUCUAUUAAAAAUGUUUCAAUACAUAAUAUUGUUUAUUUUCAUUUUA